AUCUUCAAUUAGCAUUCUUUGCAUUUCUGUGCUACCGUCUUCAGUCUCUGUGUUAAACUCGAAUAUUUAAUGGUUAAAUAGCAGUGAGAAAACACUUCAAUGACGGAUCCACGGAUUUCUAUACUAGUGUUCAGUUUGGUACUAAGCUCAGUUUUCGGUGAAAUUUUGCCAAAUUUCGGUGAUGUUGAGACAAAGUUUGUUGACUACAUUGAGCAAUUCAAUAAGUCUUAUCGCUUCGACGUUGACGAAUAUCGCAGAAGGUUCAUUACGUUUCAGACAUCAUUGGAAGUGAUCAAAUCGAUGAAUACGCUUCGAACGCACGAAGAUUCCGCCCGAUUUGGACUAACUGAAUACUCGGACAUGACCCAUGCGGAGUUUGUGGCAGCUAAACUGAAUCGAAAUUCAAUAAAAGCGAGAACUGACCGUCGAUCUAAUUCUAUUAUCAAGGAAACACGGGAUGAUUGGAAGUCACCGAUGUCACAGAAUAUAAUACGUUAUGCGAGGGCUGCUUCGGAUGUGGAUGAUCUGCCAAGGAAAGUCGAUUGGAGAGAACACGGUGUCGUAUCGAGAGUACGAAAUCAAGGUUUGUGCGGCGCUUGUUGGGCACACAGUGUUAUCGAAACAGUGGAGUCAAUGGCAGCGAUCGAAAGUAAUUCGUCGGUCAUUGAAUUAAGUGUUCAACAGAUGGUCGACUGUGCCGAAAACAAUAAUAAUGGUUGCCAGGGUGGAGACACCUGUAAUGUCCUCGAAUGGCUUGUACAGAAGAACAUCAGCAUUCAGACUAUGAAAGAAUAUCCAACGAACAACAAUAGUGGUCAUUGCAAAAUGGGAGAGUUUACGAAUGGGUCGCAGUCCGUUCAUGUCACUAAGUUUACGUGUGAACGUUAUGUCGGACAAGAGCAAAAAGUACUGUUCCAUCUCGCCAACGAUGGUCCAGUCGUUGCAGCGGUUAAUGGUCUUCUGUGGCAGAAUUACCUAGGCGGAAUCAUUCAGUUCCACUGUGACGGGUCAACGACUAGUUUGAACCAUGCAGUACAGAUCGUUGGCUAUGACUUGGAAGCUGACAUUCCGUAUUACAUUGUUAGAAAUUCGUGGGGAAAACGGUUCGGUAAUGACGGUUAUUUGAAGGUACAGAUUGGCGGUAAUGUAUGUGGCAUAGCCAAUCAAGUAUCAACGUUAGGAGUUGACAAUGGUCUGCGAGUUUAGCGUAUACAUAAAUAAAAUGGCUAGA